AUGUUGAAGCGGUUUUCACAUAGCAGAGGGAAUUCUGUGGAAGACAAUUCAGGCGGUCAUUCUGUGUUUCAUAAGAGGACUGCAUCGAACCAUGGGCCUCCAAGUGCGGGUCCUAUGUCAGCGGCUAGUCAUAGAAGGUCUACGUCUAGAUCGAGUGUUAGCAGUGUUUCGAGCAAUCUUUUGGCUGAGUUAUAUGAGCGAGAUCGGAGAAGUAUAGUUCAGUCUUGUUUUCAGAAAGUUGAUGGCAAUACCGGGUUGCCGUUGAAUGUUUAUAUCACGCAUGUUAGGAUCAUUGAGGAUUCUCGAUAUCCUAGUUCUAGACCUUCCCCGGAUUCCCCGUUAACUAAUAAGAAGAAACGAGUGUUGAUUGUCAGUUCCAAGGGUGAUACGAUGAAGAUGCAAGUACAUAAGGCUCGUGAAAACAGCAAUGGGACGUUUCAAAUAGGUAGGACCUGGGAAAUGAAAGAGUUAACUAUGAUUGAAAGAGAUCUAGAGAGAAAUGAAGGAUUUGUGUUUAUUAUGGGGAAGAAGUAUUAUUGGGAAACCAAUUCUGCCAAAGAAAGAACUGUUUUUAUUAAAAGCAUUGUGAAAAUGUAUAUGGAAAACUCUGGUGGACACGUCCCGCAGUUGGUCAAUUGGGAUCUAGCAAUGUUUUAUCUUGAUGAACAAAGUUACCAACGUGCCGUUAUUCGAGGUAAGGCACAACCUGAUGAUUCCCGCUCCCACCAAAGGGAGAACCAUUUCAACCCGUCUAGUGCUGGCUCGCAGACAGCGCAGGCUGCAAUAAUUCAGAGACAUCAUCAGCCGCAAGCUCAGAGAAGCGCGUUCAAUGAAGCUUCUUCUUUGCCACAGGAUCAAUAUUUUAUAGACGGUUCAUUACCUAUAAAGAGUGCAAACCGUCCUUCGCACGAACAUGUUAAGGAAGCUUCUAAUCCAUCCUUUUCACCGUACAAACAUUCAACGUCACAGAGCACCCCCCGUACGCUUCCGCAUGAAUCUCUUCGGCCUUCUUCGGAUUCAUCCAAUUUACCAUCUGCUACACAGGCCGUUGUAACUCAGACGCCAGUGCCUCCCUCGAGUGCAGCUCCCCUUCCUCACCAAGGUUCACAUCCAUACUCUAAUUUCUACUCACGCGGAAUGGCGGAGGUGGCAUCUUCAAAAUCUUUACAUCCUUCCCCUUAUUCAAUUAAUUCUGCAAAAUCUGAUCCCCCAAAGCAACUAGUUUCCCCUGUAUUGCCACUGAAUGUUGCCGCUACCACUGUAUCCAGUGCAGAGAAUCGUAAACCAGAUGUAUCCAAUGCGAACCAUCAUAAUCAACCUGAUGCCAUCAAUAAUUUGUUAAAAAACAUGGCUGGGUCAAGGUCUCCUCAAAGGCCAGUGGAUCAUGACAGCCAAAGAUUUCCAGCAUCCAACGCAAAACCGACAGCUGCUUCCAUUAUUCCGGCUAUUGAAUCUAGAAUAUCAAUAGAAAGUGAAAAGUUCUACGAUGAUUUAAAUGAGGUCCUUAGGAAUUCUACUAUUGUUGAUAAUUCGCCCUCAGCAGGUCCAAACUUGGAACCUGAACAAGAAAAUGCUUUUGAAUCAACUCGCGACAACUUAAUAAGCAAUAAAAACAUAAACAUUGUUAAUGAUACGAGUAAUGAGCUUUCAUUUGAACCUGGGGAUGAAGUGCGAUGUAUGAAGUCAACUAAUGAAAAUGUUGUCGAGGAAACCACCAAUAGUCAACUGACACCCUCCUUUGACGGAGAUCAAUUGGCCAAAAAUUCUUCUGACUGGUCAGCAAAUAAUAUAGUUGAGGAUUCUAGGGAAUUAGAAGUAGUUGAUUAUGAGGCAUUGGUAGAAAUUUUAAACGAAACAAACUGGCUUGACCAUGAUGACCCUCGUUCAUUACUGGAGCGUCUCUCAGUUAAAUUGGCUGAGGCUGAAUACCAAUUUAAUAGGCAAUUAAUGUUGCUACCUAAGAAGGCCUCGGAACUUAAGCGAUAUAAUGAUAAAGCCACUCAGGAAUGUGAUAGGAUGGAUCCAACGUUGUCCUUAUUUACCAUGGAAUUAUCCAGUGUUUCUAGGGAUAUUAAAUAUGUGGAAAGUCAAUUUAAUGGCUUGCAGGUAGAGAUCGCUAAUAAGAAAUUUCUUUGGACGGACUUAUCGAGUAUUCUAGAUUCUGUUUCGUUACCUGAAUCUUCGCUUGAACAGUUGUUAACACUCGAUUUAAAUGAAACUAAUUUGGAUACAAUCGAAUCGUUAUUAACAGCACUUCACAAGGCUCUUGGUGCUAUUAAAGGAAGUGAGAAGAAAGAGGAGUAUAAUUUAGGUGAAAUAAGAGCAUUAAAAGAUAGACGUCAAGCCUACGAAAAGAUUACAAACGUUUUUCUAAAGCGUGUUGUGAUGCAAAUGGAUGAAAAAUUUAAAAAUCUAGAUUCCAAGACUACGGCACUGACUACUGUACUUUCAAAGUUACUUGUAUAUUCAUCUUUACCGUUGUUUUGUAAAGAUGUUUCUGAAGGUACCUUUAAUGAUUUAAUUGAAAAAUGGGCAACUGAUAUUUGUCAGAUAUAUGAAGCUAGGAUUUCGGCUGUUGUAACUUUCUUGCAGGCUAAAAGUAUAAAACGACUACUAACUACUUCAAGAGCUGAAAAGCUUGAAUUAUUAAAAUUGUGGGAAACUUUUAAGAAAUCAAAAACAUUAUCCUUUGAAAAUUGUUCCAGAUCUGAUGAAUUAGAUACACUCUUGAAAGCUUUCGCGGCGAUAGAAGAGUUGUGUAUAACCUAUCAGAAUUUUGUGGAUAGCUUUUUUCACAUGUCUUCACCAUUAAACUUCCCAGAGUUUAUUAAAAAGUUUGACAAGAAGUCUAGGAAUUUUGAUUUGUAUCAAGUGAAGGCUAUGGAUUCCAACAGAGAUUCUGCCAAAUUAAAAAACCAGAUGGUAACCAUAGUUUUCCAAUCACAAUUUAACAGGUUCCUUACAGAGAUCAAUCAAAAUCUAAAGAUGAAUCAAUGGCAUACCCCGGCUGUUCUUUUAUACCUGGAAAAUCGUAUCAGAUGGUUAAAACCAACAGAUCAAGAAUUCUUGCUGAGUAUUUUAGUUAAAAUCAAUGAAAAACUAAAACAAGAUUGGGAAGAUUAUAUCAACGAGCAAACAGUUUUACACGAGAGAUCUGCUAUUGAUUAUAAAGCCAGAUAUUUGUUCCCAGCUAUUUUGAGCUUUCCAAUAUUUCUUAAAACUGUGGAAGAGGAAUUUGGGUACGCAUUUUCGAAAUUUGAGUUGUCCACUGAAUAUAGUGCUGAUAUUCUAACGUACUUGGAUAAAACUUACUGUUUGUGGGGAGCAUCUAUAGCUAGAUUGUUAGCUAAAGAGGAAAAAUUGGGUAAUAACAAUGUUUCAAAAUUACCAGCGGUAAGCAUAUCAGUGAAACUAGAGAAAUGCAUUUCCUUAGUACGGAACAGUUAUUGGUUAGUUGAAACUUUACCCAUAUUUCGUAAAGACAGCUUUAUGCAAAUUAUCCAACAGGCAAAACAGGUCUUUGACCGACAGAAGGAAUUUUACGCUGAUACUCUAUUACAUCAAGAAAUGGGUGACAUUUUCACUUUUGUAGAUGGCGCAUAUGGUUUGAUCAACUCCACUUCUAGUCGGGGAGAUCCGUCUAAAUGGGCUGCAUACAGUCCCCAACAUUUAAGCACCCUAUUGAGUAAACAUCCAUCGCAGCAGAUAGAAGCUAUGGUUGAUAAUUUGCAUAAAAAUAUGUAUGAACAUUUUUACAGUGAAGAAGGUUCCAAAUUUAUAGAACUGUUGUGUGAAAAGUUAUGGUCUUGCAUCCAAGGACAAACGGUUUCCUUUUAUUUGAAACUCUACUCGCUUAUUGAUAAGCAUUAUAAGGGAACUCAUAUCCAAUUUAAUAAGAAUGAUAUUAUUGGUGCUUUUGAUCGUCAUAAAAAGUCUUAA